AUGUAUAUGUACGUGGCGUUGGUAAAGUCAUCAAGGAACGUUUUGCAAUCAACUUCCAUUUUAGUGAAUGGGGAAGAAAACAUGAUAUUGGCCGCCAUGAACGGGCUUCAGAUGGCCUUGAUUAGCCUUUUUCUGGUCCGAUAUCUCCCCGUCUCCGGUGACUCUAGUGGAAUCACACAUUUGUUUAGAAGGGGGUGCGCUAGUUGUGAAUGGUCAAGGCACACUUCUGGCCACCGAAAGCAGCAUUGUCAACGAAAAUCGAAACCCGCUGCAAUCGAAGCAGAGCUACGCCGUCUCUUGGGCGUUGAGAAGAUCAUCUGGUUCCCGGGCAUAAAUGAUCUGAAUGUUACUGAUGUGCAUGUUGAUGCUGAAGUCAACUUUGUCCGACCUGGAGUUGUCGCCCCCUCUAUACCAAGGCCAUGGGUGGAAGUUUACGAAGAGAUCAGGGAUAUUCUGGGACAGUCAGUCGAUGUAAAGGGACGCCCUUUUGAGACGAGCCGAACCCCCAAGAUCUUCGGGGUCUUGUCUUAUGAUGACCCGGUGAGUAACUAUGUGAACUUUUAUUUCGUCAAUGGGGGGCUUAUUCUUCCACAGUUCGGCGACAUUCGGCGAGAUCAGGAAUCUCUGGUAUUGUUUCAAAAGCUGUGCCCUGAUCGCGUGGUUCGGCAUGUGUUUAUGUCUGCGCUUCCCUUGACUGAGGGUGUGAUUCACUGCGCAACACAACCAGUUCUUUUUCGUCGAUGA